CAAACAAAAUUUCUGUGGCGGACUUUCUUCUUCUUGUACAUCUUAGAACUCUCCGCUCACCUUCACUGUCAAAUCAAUCCCCCAUUUCUUCUUCAAUUCAAAAAAAUCUCAAAAACCUUCAUUUCCUUAAUCUUCAACAACAAUGGAAGCAUCAGCCCUUUUUUCAACUUCUUUCCACCCACCUUCCCUCCAUCUCCGAUCUCGUCAUUUCAUUUCCAAAACCCCCAAUUUCCCAACUUUACUCCGAUCACCACCGCAAUCCACCACCACCACUCGCCACCCUCUUUUUUUCACUAAAAAACACAACUUUCUGACUCUUUCCCCAAACCCCAUCAAACCCUUUUCAGCAUCUGCCUCAAAUUCAAUCACAACAAAACCCGAAAAACUACAAGGUGCCAAGAUUUUGCCGUUAUCGCUAUCGAUUGCAAUCGGUUUGCUUGUUCGUUUCGCUAUUCCAAGACCAAUUGAAGUGACCCCACAAGCUUGGCAACUUUUGUCUAUCUUUGUAUCUACAAUUGCAGGUCUUGUGUUAUCGCCAUUGCCCGUUGGAGCUUGGGCUUUAUUGGGGCUUACGACGACAAUUGUAACGAAAACGCUUACUUUUACUACUGCUUUUAGUGCUUUUACUAAUGAAGUUAUUUGGUUGAUUGUCAUUUCUUUCUUUUUUGCUCGUGGGUUUGUUAAAACGGGUUUAGGGGAUCGAAUUGCGACGUAUUUUGUUAAGUGGUUAGGGAAAAGUACAUUGGGGUUGAGUUAUGGGUUGACUUUGAGUGAGGCUUUGAUUGCUCCUGCUAUGCCUAGUACUACUGCUAGAGCAGGUGGUGUGUUUUUACCGAUUAUUAAGUCGUUGUCGCUUUCUGCUGGGAGUAAACCGAAUGACCCCUCUUCGAAAAAGCUAGGGUCGUAUCUCAUUCAGUCUCAGUUUCAGUGUGCUGGAAACUCUAGUGCUCUUUUCCUGACUGCUGCAGCACAAAACCUGUUGUGUCUGAAACUAGCCGAAGAACUUGGUUUAGUCAUUGCAAGUCCAUGGAUUUCAUGGUUUAAGGCUGCCAGUUUACCUGCUUUUGUUUCACUUCUACUUACUCCAUUCAUCUUGUACAAAAUCUAUCCUCCGGAAACUAAAGAUACACCAGAUGCACCUGCCAUGGCUGCAAAGAGACUUGAAGCCAUGGGUCCUGUCACAACUAAUGAAUGGGUGAUGAUUGGCACCAUGCUUCUUGCUGUCUCUCUAUGGGUUCUUGGGGAUUCUAUUGGAAUACCAAGUGUUGUUACUGCAAUGUUGGGAUUAUCUGUACUAUUGUUGUUAGGAGUUCUCAAUUGGGACGAUUGCUUAAGCGAAAAAUCGGCAUGGGACACUUUGACUUGGUUUGCAGUACUUGUUGGCAUGGCAGGUCAAUUGACAAACCUUGGAAUAGUGACAUGGAUGUCUAAUUGCGUAGCUAAAUUUCUUCAAUCUUUCUCUUUGAGUUGGCCCGCUGCAUUUGGUGUUCUUCAAGGAGCUUACUUCUUAAUCCACUACAUGUUUGCUAGUCAAACGGGCCAUGUGGGAGCCUUAUACUCUGCAUUCCUUGCUAUGCAUUUGGCAGCUGGGGUCCCUGGUGUAUUGGCAGCACUUGCUUUAGCUUACAACACAAACUUAUUUGGUGCUCAAACUCACUAUAGCAGUGGUCAAGCUGCUGUUUACUUUGGAGCCGGUUAUGUAGAGCUUCCAGAUGUAUUCAGAAUCGGAUUCAUCAUGGCUUGUAUUAACGCAGUGAUCUGGGCAGUUGUCGGGGGUGCAUGGUGGAAGUUUUUGGGAUUGUAUUAAUUCUCAAGUUCCAUUUCACGUAGAUAUCUUUUUCAUUGGAUAAACACCCUUCAUUACGUGAUAGGGUUUUGAGCACAAAGGGAGCCACACAUAUUUUUUUUUGUUUGAGUUUUGACCUUUUCGUGGAUCAAUCAUGAUGACCAUGUGUAACAUUGACUCAAUUUAGAAAUCAAAAUCGUUUAGUUUUUGGAGCA